AUGAGCCACAGACGCACGACUCUCUUUGUUGCUGGCAUUGGCUCUCGUACACGUGCCAGGGAUCUCGCCUUUGAAUUCGAGAGGUAUGGCAGGCUUGUCCGUUGUGACAUUCCCGCUCCAAGGGGAGCUGCGGCCAAGCCUUAUGCGUUUGUUGAGUUCGAGGACCCCAGGGAUGCUGAAGAUGCUUACUACGAGAUGCAGGGCCGCAAGGUUGACGGUUACAUGCUGAACAUUCAGUGGGCUAAGAAUGCCCCUAGCCGCAACUGGCGCUAUGACGAUCGUCGGGACCGCUCCCGGUCUCCUCCUCGUCGUCGGAGGGUGUCUCGUUCAAGAUCCCGCUCUCCUCGUCGUCGCUCCAGGUCUCCUCGUUCGCCACGGAAGACCGCCGCCGCUCCCGAUCACCCCGUGAAGAUAGGCGCGACGACCGCGACGACAGACGUGAGGCCCACAUUGAAGCGGAGGUCAAGGAUGACCGCUCCCCUGUCAAGCGCUCCCCUAGCCCGGAGCGUAACGGGCAUCGCAGCCCUUCUCCUGACCGUCGUCGUGAAGAUGACGAAGAUCGCGGUCGCUCACCUUCCCCACGCGACUAAGCAGGUCAUGGUUUUUCCGAGUAUGUAACGGGAUCUCAAUUAUGAAUGUUCAUACGUUGCCUGGAUGCCAUGGUUUGUGGACGAUGUUAGUGCGCGUGAUAAUAGGGUUCUGGGAUUGCUAUUGUUGCGCUUAGUGUAGUUUUUUGCCUUUUUUGCCUUUUUCUUUUGGACACGCAGUGUCGGAUCUUUGUGUAGUUGCCCACUGUCCGUGAGUGGGUAACUUGCCUGUGAGGGGCCAAAAUAGCGGAAUUUUCUUCCAUAUACGGUACGCUUCCCUUCCUUUCGACAUUUCGUCGGUUUCCGGCUUUGAAAACGGUCGGGGGCUUUACUUUACCGUCGGCGGUGUUUCUUCCACGACGAUGCUUCACCUGCCUGUCGAUUGCGAUUCCGCUUUUCGUAUCUAGGCGCAUCUAUUGUCCCCUCCUCACAUGUCCCGCGAGCGGUCAGCUUACAUUCCAGCUCUCUAAUCAACGCAUUACGUCUUUGCAAUCGUCGUCCAUCUACAGGGCUGCGUGCCUAAAGUCCCGACCACGAGCGUAUUUUAAGGUCAGUGUCUUUGUUGCUUUCUGUAUUGCAUGUCAUUUCGCUCUAGCGCAAUAUAUUGUAAGUGCCUGGGAUUGCAUUCUUGUUCAUUCUGUACCCGUGUGUGUAACCGGGCAAUAGUAUCGGAAACAAAUGAUGCACGAAAGUGGAUAUCAGUGUCGUUCAUCACCAUUCAUCACCAUCCAAGGAUAACACUGCAAGAUGACAGUAUUUAUCAGGUCUCAGGUCUGACUGUGUUCGACCCAAACGCGUCUUUUUUUGUAGUUCCAAACCCACCGUAACUGUGGAUAUUUGAACGGGAUCUGUUUAAUAUGUGUAAUAUUGCAAUGGGAGCCAGACACCGGAACUAUGCAGGAUCAUAUGCACUAUGUACAAUUUCAGAUCGCAGUGUGGAAGAGAUAUGAUAUGGACUCCCCAUUGUGAGUCCGUCGGAUCGCUUCGGCCAAGACGCCGCUGAUAUCGAUAAAGUGGAGCUUCUUGGAUGCUGCUUGUUUCCAGUCCGGAAAUGGAUACGUGUUUGUGACAAUGACCUAAGGAUUUUGCAAGAACGUUCCACGUUAGGAUCAAGAUGAACAAA